CUUAUGGAUCUUGGAAUCUAAGCACAGCCUGGAGCCUGACUCCUCCUACACAUGAUCACAUGGUCAUGACAUCAUCACAGGUCCUUUGCUUCCUCCUGCAGCACAGCCUGGAGCCUGACUCCUGCACAUGGUGGUAGAAAUAAAAACAUUGGAUGCUCCAUGGUGAAGGAUUGUCAGAGGAAGAGGAGGACACGCCCCGCCCAGCUUGUGAAUCUGGGUGAAGAUCUGAACAAUAUUAAUCCUACAGAGACAUAUGUGAGGGGUGAUGAGCAGAGUACAGAGGACAUUCCUACAGAUAACCUCCCAGAUGACUGUACCAGGAACUCAGAGAAACAUCUGGUAUCUUCAGAUUUUGAAGUAGAUGAUUGUGGUAUCACACAAAAUGCAUUUGAAGAGCAUGCCAAUAUGCAAGAUAUACCCUCAUCCAAUCACAGUCACAAUGCAUCAUUUGAUUCUUUUAAACACGUCCGAUCUUCUGGUUCAUCACAGACUGUAACACAGAAUAAAAGUCAUAGAAGAGGUGCUAAACAUCAAACAGCUCAUGUAAGAGGGAAGCCAUUUUCAUGUUCAGAAUGUGGAAAAUACUUUAGAUUUAAAUCUGAGAUUGUUAUACAUCAGAGAACUCACACAGGGGAGAAGCCAUUUUCAUGUUCAGAAUGUGGAAAAUGUUUUCACCAAGCAUCACAUCUUUUUAUACAUCAGAGAAUUCACACAGGGGAGAAGCCAUAUUCAUGUUCAGAAUGUGGGAAAUGUUUUAAGACAAAAUCAGAACUUGUUAUACAUCAGAGAAAUCACACAGGGGAGAAGCCAUUUUCAUGUUCAGAAUGUGGGAAAUGUUUUAACCGUAAAUCAGCUCUUGAUACACAUCGAAAAAUUCACACAGGGGAGAAGCCACUUUCAUGUUCAGAUUGUGGAAAAUGUUUUAAUCUGAAAUCAGAACUUGUUAUUCAUCUGAGAAUUCACAAAGCGGAGAAGCCAUAUUCAUGUUCAGAAUGUGGGUAAUGUUUUAAGAAAAAAAUCAUAGUUAGACAUAGAAGCCAUCUUCAUGCUUAAUCCUUUAGUGACCACCAAUAUGUGUGUUUAUUUUUGGUGGUUACUGCCUUUAUUCUGUCAAAUACUCCUUUUUACAGGGAGAUAAAUCAGUGCCUUGCUUUCAGUUACCAGAGGUGGCCGAGGGUUUGGAGAAAUAAUUAGGGCCACUUAAAAAUAAAUGGGCAUUACACGAAAUAUAGGCUUGUCAGGAAACUGUUAGCUCUGGUGUUACUGGGCACAUUUCAUCAGUAAUGUGAAAUUUCUCCCAAAAAGUGACCCAGGCUAGGAUUGCCUCAUUACAUAGAAGCCAUUACUCACCCUCCUAAAGGUAUACCAUCUUUUUUCUAUUUUUGUUUUACUCAUUUUAUUGAAGCAUGUAAGGCAUGGCAUAGGUGCAUACUGAUCAACAUCGUAUCAAAUAAUGUAACAUGUACAUAAAGUAAAAUCCAGUGUAUAUUCCUUGUAUAAAAUGUUAUACAUAAAUGUGAGCGCAGCUUUAUCCUAU